AUGAACGUGACGGAUGCGCUGAGGCAGCAGGAACGCACCCAGCUGCUCAACAUAUUCAAACGGUUCAAAGGGGACAAGUGCCUUUUCUUCGACAAGUCCCUGCACAUCAUCCUCAACGUGGUCCUAAACGACGAUGACAUUAACAAAGAACGCAUACAGCAUGUCUUCCUCCUCGACGACGAAACGGAAGUUAACGUGAGUAAGUUGGAUAGCGUUGGGAACAUCCUCUUUUUUUUGCGCCCCCAGUUUUAUGAAGUGGAAAAUGUCUUUAAGGUGAUUGAAAGGGUGGCAAAGUGUGAGGGGGGGACGUUUGGGGGGAGCCACCUUGGAGGAGGCACCCUUGGGGGGGAUUCCCCCGGAGAAGGCCAUCUUGGGGGCGGAAGGAAGUAUGCCCUCGUGUUCAUCCCCUACAUGACCCCCAUGUGUGAGGGGGAAAUCCUAAAGCACAACUCGUUGGACAUUCACAUCCGCGUGAUUGUCUUCCCCCUCUACUUCUUCCCCCUGUACGAUGACGUGUUCAGCCUGGAGAUGAAGGGACUCUACAAGGAGUAUUACGUAGACAGCGACAUCACCAACCUGCUGAUGUGUUCCUUCAGCCUUAUGUUUUUACAGCACCUCUUCAAUGGCGUCUUCAAGAGCAUCAAAUCGCUGGGACAUCUGUCUCACCUCAUUGUAGAGCAGCUAAUAAAUUUGAGAAAGGAAAUUGUGGCCUCGAACUUUGACAUUCAGGCACCAAACAAAUUUGAUGAAGACCUCCUGGACAUCCUGACCAACUUGCAAAACAUGCAGGACGUUAGACAGUUCGGAGAUUCGGGGCAACCCCCCGCCAUCCCGGUGAAGUACGCUCUGCAUAAGAUUUUCCUCUCGGAGCGCGCCCGCCGCAGGAGGGGCGGGAGCGAGAAGAAGAAGAAGAGGAAGAAGAAGAGGAGUGGCGGGGCCGCUCCGGGGGAGGAGGAAGAAGAGAGUGGCGGUGAAGAUGGAAGCAGCGGGGAAGAUGGUAGCAGCGGUGAAGAUGGAAGUGGAGAUGACGAUUACGGUGAUGGUGAUGAUGACCAUAACCGUGACCAUCUCGAGGAAGACCACCCUGAUGAGGACCACCCUGAUGGGGACCACCCUGAUGAGGACCACCCUGAUGAGGACCACCCCGAUGAGAGCCCCCCCGAUGCGGCGGAGGGAGACCCCCCCGGGGGGGGUGCCUCCCCACCGUGGGAACGAACCAAAGGGCGCGACGAACAAUCGAUUAAGCGGGAAGCGCCAUCACAGGGUACACUCGUCGAAACGGGGGGAGGGCCAAACGAAGGGGGAAGCACCGACUCUGCUUCGGAUCGGUCAAGGCACUCCCGGGGGGGACUUAAAAGAGGAGGCACCCCCAACAGUGGCAGGGAUGGGAGUAAAAGUUCCAGCCCCGUUGGGGUUAGCGGCGGGAAGGGCGAGGAGGGAAUGACCCCCAAUAGAGGGUGUUCAGCGGUGGGGGGGAGAAGGAAGGGAGCCCCACGUGGCCGUGCCUCUAAAGAGGCACCCAAACCAGGGGAAAAGAAAAGAAUCGAGUUAGGGGAAAAGAAAAGAACCGAGUCGGAGGAGGAAGAGGCCCACCCGGGGGAGGAAUACCCCGAGAGCGACUCCUCAGGCCCGGGGCCCAACUUCAUGGCAAAGGAGGACAACACGAGCUUCCUGAUGAAAAAAAAUGAAAAGCAGAAGAUGGAGCGAAAGAGCAAAAGGGAGAGAAGCAGCCACCUGCAGGAGAAGCUAGGGAUAGGCGACUUUAACUUCCUGCUGAAUGUGUCUCCCAAGAUUGAUUGUUGUGUAAUCAUCGAUCGGAGGAUAGACAUGGUGACUCCCUUCUGCACGCCCUUCACCUAUGAGGGGCUGCUGGACCACCUGUUUGGCAUCUCCAAUUUGCAGAUUGAAAUCCCGCGGUACAUUAUAUUUAACGAGGCGAGCAAGGCGAGUAAGGCGAGUACACCGAGUACACCCCUCGGGGAGAGGAGGGAAGAGGGGAGCCAACACCACAGCGACGUUCUGAAGAACAUGAUGGUGAGGGUGAAGCUGAAGAACUCGGUAGAUGUGCUGUACAAUGACAUAAAGGAUCUGAACCCUAACCAAGUGGGGCUCUACCUGCACAACAAAGCUAGCGAAAUUAAGGAGACCUACAAGGAAAAGGAUACACUAAAGGAUAUAGAAGAGAUAAACACGUUUUUAAAAAAAAUUAAAGUGAAGCAUUAUGAGCACAACUCCCUGUCGACCCAUGUGAAUCUGGCAUCCUUCAUCCUGACCACCAUGAAGAAGGAAGCUAACUUUAAUAAACUCAAAUUGGAAGACGAAAUAAUUCAGCUGAACAGCACAUCGGAUAGAACCACUCUGCUUAACAUAGUACAACAGAUUAAACUUCUCAUUUACACAAAUGAGGACAUCUACGAAGUGUAUAGACUGCUCUGUCUCUUCUCUGUGGUGACCAACGGGUUCAGCGAGACCCACAUCAAUGAGCUCAAAAAGGACAUCCUUGAGAGCUACGGGAUCAGGGAGCUUAGUCGUAUUAACAAGCUGCAUCUGUGUAAUAUUAUAAAACACCAGCCGAAGCAAAAAUUCAUUUGGGGUAAUCUCCGAAACCAUUUUAACCUCCUCUCGAAUGACCACAACGACAUCUCCUACGUUUGCAAUGGGUACGCUCCUCUCUCCGUCAGGCUAAUCGAAUACAUGGGGAUUUUAAAAAACAACAUGCAGGCUUUUCCAGAGAUAUUUAACCUUCUCAGCGGACCUACCCUUGACAUUGUGCAGAAUGCCGUUGGGUAUGGUAAGUUUGGUAUAAACAAAGGGGAGAGGAAGAAGGAGCAGGCACCCUGGGGGGGAGACCCUGAGGGGCAGAAGGACGUCGUGCUGCUCUUCUAUGUGGGCGGCAUUUCCUACGCGGAGAUCGCCGCCAUCCGCAACUUGAACCGGCACAGCCGCGAUUACCACUACUUGAUAUUCACCACGGAGGUCAUCAGUUCUCGGCGGCUGCUGCAGGGGCUCGCCGCGCCCUAG